GAGUCACGCUCCGCUACACACAGGCGCGCUUUCAACGUUAAAAACGCACGCCGUCGCCUAUGUGUAAUGUACACAACGAUUACAGCUCGCUAAGUAUUUAAGGAUUUGCAUUUACAGUAUCUAAAACGAUAUUAGAGUAAAAUACAUUUUUUUUACACAGAGUUAACCCCAAACAACGCGUGGUCAAGAUUGCCUUUGUUUGGCAUCAGGAAUUAGUAAAACCAGAUUGUUUUGGCGUUCAGCAUUAACGAACUGACAAGAUGGAAGUUUCUGUCGCCGUUGUGCUUUUGUCCUACUUCGCUCCAGCUCUGGCUUCCCCAGUGGAUGAAACUAACGAGUACGACAAGCCAUUUCAUUAUGAUUAUGAAUCCCUGAGGAUUGGUGGUAUGAUCUUCGCUGUGAUACUUUUCCUGAUGGGGAUCUUCCUCAUCAUCAGUGAGUGCUGGGCUAUCUGUAUACUGUUCCAGAUUAAAACGGCUGACCUUUUUUGCAUUUUCUCUGCUUUUGGGUAAAUCUGAAGAAUUCUGAAUGGAGUUCACAAAUGUUAGGCAAAGUAACACUGGAACUGUUACUUCAGCAUGGCUCAUUAUUAAGAGAGGGACAAUUGGUGAACAUGUAUCUUUGAAAGCAUUUAUAAGGAAAAUCUGUACAUUUGCAUAUGGUUCCGACAUGCUGUAAUGUAGCUCCUUAUACUGUUGUUGUCUUGAUCAAAUUUUAAGGACACUUUAGUAGGUAUUAAUCUAAGAAUGUGUCACACACCGAGAUAAACAAGCUAAAGAUCAGCGGUUCAGGGAAAGCUGGUGGCAGACCUGCAUGUCUUUCAUAACCUCUAAGUUUAAACCUCAGCGAUACCCAAUACGCACUAUGACUUAUGGUCUGCUUUUCGUGAAGGGACAGGCAGCCAGCUGGACCCUUGACACAUUUACUCCGAGACCCCCACCAGCCCCCUUAAAUUAUUAAUGAGGUUUCCAGUUGGAGAUGUUGUCCCAGCCAAUAUAUAGUUUAGUUUGACAGUUUUUUCAUGUGGGUGCUUGCAUACAGUUAGGUCCAUAAAUAUUUGGACAGAGGCACGUUUUUUGUUAUUUUAGCCGUGUACCAAUAUACAUUAAAAUUACAGUUAUAUAAUGGAUAGUGUCCUAAAGUGCACGCUUUAUUUAGAGUAUUCACAUCUAGAUUUGGUGAAGGGUUUAGGAAUUACAGUUCUUUAAUAUGUAUCCCCCCCCUUUUUAAGGGACCAAAAGUAAUCAGACAGUCGAAUCAAAAGUUGUUUUAUUCACAGGUGUGGGCUUUUCGUUAAAUAA